AUGCGCCCGCAACGUGCCGCCCAUCAGCUCUGGGCGCUCGGGCGACGGUUCGGCUCGACGUCAAGCAGCAGCACCGGCAGCGCCGCCCCGAAGACGACCACCGGCAUCGAGCACGCCGAAGCGUACGCGAAGGCCGGCCGUGCGACGCGCGUCGAUCCGAAGGCGUACCUGUGCGACGAAUAUCUGCACUUCAACGUCUACUCCUACUAUGAUGCCGAGGUAAAAAUGUCUGCCGCCCGCGUCCCGCAACCCACCAACAAGAAGCCGGAUGUGAUGCCGCGUGUCAAG